UAAAAAGUUCAUGCAGUUCGGCGUAUUCUCCCACAAUUUAAGCAUAGAUGAGCAGAUGAUCGCUUAUUAUGGACGUCAUUCGUGUAAAAUGUUUAUAAAAAGCAAGCCAAUCCGAUUUGGGUACAAAUACUGGUGUUUGACAUCGGACGAUGGCUACUGUUACCAGUUCAUACCGUAUGCAGGUGCAGCUACAAAAUUCAGUAAUGAUUAUAGCCUUGGAGAAAACGUUGUUCUCCAAUUAUUGUCCCAUCUCGAACGUCCCGAGAACCACAAUGUGACGUUUGAUAACUUUUUUACGAGUUAUAAGCUGAUGCGUCGCUUGAGCUGUAAUGGGUACUUCGCAACGGGCACUGUGCGUGAUAAUCGAACUAAUUAUGCUCCUUUGGUGUGCAUUAAUGAUAUGAAGAAAAGAUCGAGAGGAAGCUCUGAUUUCGUAUUUGAUAGCAAUAACAAAGUACUAGUUACACGCUGGAAUGACAAUUCGGUUGUAACUAUUAUGUCAAACUUUCUUAAACAUGAGCCACUACGCCAUGUUAAGAGAUAUGAUCGCAAAGGCAAGAAAAUGAUUACUGUUCCCCAGCCGUUGCUCAUUCACGAGUACAAUCAUCGCAUGGGUGGCGUAGACUUGUUCGACAAUGCUAUGAACAAUUAUCGCAUUAAAAUUCGUGGAAAGAAGUGGUAUUGGCCAUUGCUAACGAAUGCUUUUGAUGCAGCUAUGGUUAAUGCCUGGAAACUGAAAGUGUUUUGUGCAAAAUAUGAAAAGUCCAAGCCGAUGAAUCAAUUCGAUUUCCGUGUGGAAGUUGCGGAAGCUUUGGUAACUGAUGUACGUACUUGCGCCCGCUGUCGUCAAUGCGGCAUAAAAACUCAAUUUGGAU